AUGAAGGGCUUUGUUGGCGGCAUUCCUAUUGCCCUGUUGGCCGCGGCCGCCCAGGCCAUGGAGCACAGCACGCAAAACGACCAGGGUAUGCAGACCCGCGGUCAGUACUCUCACCCCCACGUCGGUGGCACAGCCAUUGGCGGGCCGUCUGGCAAUGAUGAGGACGGUGGCUUCACAGUCCCCUAUGGGGCCAACGUGCACGCGCAUACCAAUGUCGAUGAGUUCAGCAAGGACGACCACUCUGUCAAGGUCAAGGACACCAACGUCUACCCGCCCGCUCCUGUCCCGGGCCCCUAUGGCCCUAUUUUCGGACCGGGUGAGGGCCCUUUCCCCAAGCGCAGCCGAUACCCGCACUACGGAGGCACGGUGAUCGGUGGUCCUUCUGGAAAUGACGAGGGCCAGACCUUCGAUAUGCCCAUGACCGCCGAUAUCCACACCAAUGUGGACGAGUACGCAAAGGAUGACCACUCCAUCAAGGUCAAGAACAAGGACAUUCACCCUCCUCCCGUCUUUGCUCCCAUUGGUGCGCCAGUUCACCCUCCGGUGGGCUUUCCUGGGCCUCCGGCCGGCUUUGAAGGCCCCCCUGCUGGGUUCCGUGAGGGGGCCAAUGCGGACGGAGACUACUACGAUCUUCCGGCCAGCACAUUUGAGAAGCGCUGGGACCCUGAGGUUGGUGGGACUGCCAUGGGCGGCCCCAGUGGCGGCAGCUCUCCCUCUGGAUUCAACAGUCCCUUUGUUUCUGGUGGCACCGCUGAGGGUGGUCCUUCCGGUGACGAUGAAGGCGAGGACUCCGGCGACCCUCCCUCUGGAUUCAAAGGUCCCUUUGGAUCUGGUGGCACCGCUGAGGGUGGUCCUUCCGGUGACGAUGAAGGCGAGGACUUCGGCGGCCCUCCCUCUGGAUUCAAAGGUCCCUUUGGACAUGGUGCCACCGUUAUAGGUGGUCCUUCCGGUGACGAUGGAGGUCAGAGCUUCAGCAAUCCGAUAACCGCAUCGGUCCAUACCAACGUGAACGAGUACAGCAAGGAUGACCACUCAAUCAACGUGAAGCACAAGGAUGUCUAUCCUAGUCCUGGACCCUUCGGCGCUCCAUUCAAGCGUGGCUGGGAGCCCGAGAUGGGUGGCACCGCGAUGGGUGGCCCCUCCGGCGACGAUGGUGGCCAGUCCUUCUCUGCCCCAAUCACUGUGGACGUGAGCACUGAUGUUCACGAGCACUACGAGGAUGACCAUUCCAUUGAUCUCCAGAACACGGAUGUCUAUCCCCCUCCGCGUUUCCCUCCUUUUGACGUUGGUGGCGGCCCUGGUCCUUACAUUCCCGAGGGUGGUGCUCCUUUCCGCCGCGCCUAUUCCCCGUCCCGCAUGGCUGACGGUGGCACCGCGAUGGGUGGUCCUUCCGGCGAUGAUGGAGGCACCAGCUUCGGUAACCCGGACUUUGUCGGCGUUGACAGCAAUGUCAACGAGCACAAUGAGGACAACCACGCCAUCAAACUUGAUACCACCACUGUGCACCAUCCUCACCACGCGGUGCCUCACAUGCCGUGGAUGCCCUACCCCGAGGAGGCCCCCGUUGCGCCCUCCAAGCCCGUCAUGGUCCCCGAGGAGCACCCUGCUCCUCCUGCGUACGCAACCCCUGAGGAGCCUCCAGCUUCUCCCAACACCCCUAGUCAAGACCAUCAGGAGGUUCCCCAGUGCGAUGCCUCGGUCCAUGAGGUUGUCCGCACUGUGACUAAGACUAAAUACAAGGAGGUCCGCUCCACGGAGACUGUCUAUGCCACCCCGGUGGUGUCCCAGGCUGUCCAGACCACUGCCGCCGUGCCUAUGUCUGCUGUUCCUGAACAGUCCUCCUAUGUCGACCCCAAGGUGGCCUACUCUGCGUCCGUCACGCACCCUUCGGAGUUUGCCUCGAUCCCCGCUGCCCCCUCCUCGUCCUCCGCUCCUUCCAACAGCUACAACUAUAUGUCUCAGGCCCCCAUGAGCUCCAGCGCUGCCUAUUCCUCGAUUCCUGUGCACAUCCCCAUGACCACUCCCUCGUCUAGCGCGAUGAUGUCCGUGGCUACCCCGUCCAGCAGCCAGAGCCUGCCCAGCGGUGCCGAUCCCCUGCACAGCGCUUCUGCCUCGCCUUCGCCCCAUGACAUGAUGUUCACUGGCAGCGCUGCGCGUGUCUCCGGCGGCAUUGCCUCCGCUGUUGCUGCUGUGAUGGGUGUCCUUGCCUUGGUCCUGUAA